UUGCUAAUCUAUGCGAACUAAAAUCUUCAUACUCAGAUACAAAAACUGUCUUACAUAGAGCGUUAACAAACAUCGUGAUAAGCUGUAACCGUGAGACGUUGUUUAAAACUAGUUUAACUGUUGCCAUUUUUAUCAAAAUGUCGGGAAAAAGAAUUUGUGUUAUUGGUGCUGGACCGUCCGGAAUGUCGACACUACAUCAUUUUGCCAGGAUGAAGAAUAUGCCGGAAAUAGUAUGUUUCGAGAAGCAGAGCACUUGGGGAGGUCAAUGGAACAUUUCAUGGAAAACAGGUUUAGAUGAGAAUGGGGAACCGGUGCAUUCAAGUAUGUAUAAACAUAUGUGGUGUAACGGAAUGAAAGAGUCCUACGAAUAUCCAGACUAUACUUUCGAGCGUCACUUUGGUCAGCCGACCCCUUCUUUUCCUUCACGUAUUGUGAUGAGGGAUUAUCUGGAAGGUCGCUAUACAAGAGGUGCACCAGGCGGUCGCGACUUCAAGGAUUACAUACGAUUCAACACCGCUGUGCGUUUUGUGAAGUACCACGACGACAAAGAGAAAUUUACAGUAACAGUAAAUGAUUAUAACACGGGUGAAACAAAAGAAGAAAUCUUUUCACACGUAAUUGUUGCAAAUGGCAUAUACAACACACCAUAUCUUCCAGAGAUUCCUGGCAUGGAUGACUUUAAAGGUCGUAUUUUACAUUCACACGACUUUCGUGACGCUCGCGAGUUCUGUCAGAAAAAGGUUUUGAUUAUUGGGGCUGGCUUUACCGGUGAAGAUCUUGUUUUACAAUGCAUUAAAUUCGAUGCAAAAAGUGUGAUUCUUUCACAUAGAACACGUCCUAAAGGCGAAACAUGUAUAAUGCCUGGUGGUGUUGAGGAAAAACCUUUGGUGGAACGCUUUGAUUCUUCGAAAGCUUAUUUCAAAGAUGGCACGUCUGCCGACAUUGAUGCUGUUAUUUUAACAACUGGCUACAGAAAUUAUUUCCCUUUCCUGGAGGACAGAUUUCGGAUAUCAGAGGAUACUCAUGUCUAUCCAAAAGGCCUUUAUAAGGGAAGCUUGUUCUUAGGCCAAGGACACAAUCGGCUCUUCUAUGUAGGCGUUCAGUUACAGUUUAAUACUCUCACAUACUUCGAAGUUAUUGCAAACUGGGCUUGCAAGUUUAUCAUGGGUGAACUUGACGGUGAACCGAGGGAUCCGAAACAUAUGCAGGCAGAUGCAGACGAAUGGCAUAGUAAGGCUAAUGCAUGUGCCUCGGAAUCGGAUGUAGUUAAAUUCCAAACCGCUUUGAUAAGCCAUUUAGCGGAACUUGGUGGAUAUAAUCCUACAGCCGCAAAGAAUAUUGAAGCCAUGUUUGAAUGGAUACGAGUAAGAAAAGAAAGUUUGGGGCUCGCAAAUUACAGAGAUAAUUGUUAUAGAAGCAUGUAUACUGGGAAGGUUUCGCCAAAACAAAAACCGUUCAUGCAAAAUUAUGACGACAGCAUUGAAGCAUAUCUAAAAUGUAAAUAAAGUAAACUCUUGAAGAACAAAUCAGCAUUGUAAUAAUGUAAAUUAAAGCAAAGUUCUUAUUUGAAUUUUAAUCAAAUUAUGGUCGAAAUAUUGAUUUGUUAAGCAAUACAUAUGUUCAAGUAUCAUAAUCCUACAAGUAUCUCCAUCAUAUGUUCGUAUAGUUUCGUGUAAAUGAUCAUUUUUCUCCCAUUUUCAUUCGUUACCUAAGUUACUUUUGUAAUAAUUGUUACUUUUCAUCAAGCACGUUAAUAAUUAUAUUUUACAUAUUUAUUUAGCUUGAGAGCUUUGUUUGAUACUUUAUUAAAAUGAGUAUAAGUACAUGUACUUUAAUAAGGUGCAUUUUUAUCUGCUGAAGUAUUGUUAUCUAUUUUUUCUGCUUCCGUUCUUAAUGAUAAUAAACCAUUUUGACCGUGUGCUUCUUUAGAUAUAUGGAUACUUAAAGGAUUAUUUUUAAAGGAAUUAAAGACUUCUGAAGGCAUUGUAGACAUUGUCUUUUUUGGCUGUGCAAAGUGAAGCAUUCAUCGGAAAACUGAUGUACUCACCUCACUCGUGUUCUGCAAUUCACCAAGCAUUAAAACGCACACCAAUACAAAGAAACUAACGCUCAUAUGGUGAUAAUUAUCGAAUGAAAAACUAGCGAAUUUUUUAAUACGACUAUAUCCCCAGUAGAGCUAUUCAAAAAAGUGUCUUCUUACGUUUUACGUCUGUUAGAAGAAUUAUGCAGCUGAAAUACAGUGUCCUGCAUGGGCCAGUUAAAAGACACCUAUUGGCAUUCAAGUUUUUUUUUCUAAAAGUUUUGUGACGCUCUUCUAUAUUUUUAUAAAGUAGCGAGAUGUUUAAUUCUCGAAUGAAACUUUUUGCGCUAUUAUAUAUAAUUUGUCGCCUGCUUAACUUAAUCGUCUUGAGAAUCAAACUGUAAAGAACUUUGCGAUGAUUAUCCUUAACUCUAGAAUGUUUCUUUUGAGAACAUAGCUUAUUUACAGUACCAGUGCCUAUAGUGAAAGUUCUCCGAAAGGGAAAGUUAUAUCCGGCUUCUUAACUAUUCUCGUGCUUGAUACUAAAACAAGAGCCGAAAAUUGUAGAGUUUUCUAUGUUCAAAAAGGGCCAUAUUUCAGUCUUAAUUCACAUAAGAGUAAUUGGCCUUGGAUAGUGGCCUUGGAUUGUGGCCUCCUAUUUUGCUCUUAAAUAGGUUUGUGAAGUUUCAACCAAUUCCCUCUAGUAGUUUUGGAGAUACCAACUUGUACAAAAAUACAUAACCAAAGUGUGACGCCGACACCGACGCCUGGUGAGUACAAUAGCUCUCCAUAUUCUUCAAAUAAAACAAAGAUUUAGUCAAUCUUAACUGCUUCAAACAGGACGCUAUAGAAACGGACGCAACUCAUGAGUUAUUAUAUUACAUAAAGUACCAGUAUUUUUUACCCAUGACUUUAUACACAGUAUUUGUUCUGCGAAUCCAGUAUUUUUCUUUUUUAACGUAAAAUUUAUAUAUUCACAGCAUACAAAUAUUGAACCAUACAUCAAUAAAGCUAUCAUGAUUUUAUUUCUUUGUAUAUCAUUUAUUAUUUAAUCAUUAAAAGAAUAGAAUACGUC